GACGAAAUCCGCGAGGGAGGGGUCGGGGUGAGCACUCUUCGCUGUGGUUGGGGGCUGCUGUGAAGGUGUCAUGGCUGCUACUGCGGAGCAUACUUCCUCGAGCAGCUGCGAGAAGAACCUAGAGCGAAGCUCCAGCCCCCUCCUCACCCGCGAGGUCCUCUGCGAAGUCUUUCGCUCCUUGCACACCCUGACAGGACAGCUUAACCUCAGAGAUGAUGUGGUGAAAAUUACAAUCGAUUGGAACAGGCUCCAGAGCCUCUCAACAUCCCAGCCUGCACUGCUCCUUACUGCACUUGAACAACACGUUUUGUAUUUACAGCCUUUUUUAGCAAAACUUCAGUCUUUAAUUAAAGAGAAUUCAACAGCUGCAGAAAUAAGACAAACAGAAGCAGAGACCAAGAGUGAACUAAGAGCCAAACUUCCCACUGGGGACCUACAAGAUGAAGGAAAGCUCAAAGACGAUGAUUUAGGGGAUGUGAAAAAGACACAAAUCCAUUUUGAUCCAGAAGUAGUUCAAAUAAAGGCUGGAAAAGCGGAAAUUGACAGACGAAUAUCUGCAUUUAUUGAGAGAAAACAAGCUGAAAUCAAUGAAAACAACGUCAGGGAAUUUUGCAAUGUUAUUGAUUGUAAUCAAGAAAAUAGUUGUGCAAGAACUGAUGCUGUCUUUACCCCUUAUCCUGGAUUUAAAAGUCAUGUAAAGGUUUCUAGAGUUGUGAAUACAUAUGGACCGCAGACUAGACCUGAAGGAAUUGCAGGGUCAGGUCACAAACCCACGGGCAUGCUUCGAGAUUGUGGUAAUCAGGCGGUGGAAGAACGACUCCAGAAUAUUGAGGCUCACUUGCGAUUGCAGACAGGAGGCCCAGUACCAAGAGACAUCUAUCAGAGAAUUAAAAAACUUGAAGAUAAAAUCCUUGAAUUGGAGGGCAUCUCUCCUGAAUACUUUCAAUCUGUAAACUUUUCUGGAAAAAGAAGAAAAGUCCAACCACCUCAACAGAACUAUUCACUGGCUGAACUGGAUGAGAAAAUUAGUGCUCUCAAACGAGCCCUGCUCAGAAAGUCGAGAGAAGCAGACUCCAUGACCUCUCACCACCUCCCGUGAGACCACUCUGUCACGUUGCUUCCCUUUAAGAUGCGAGUGCGUGUACCUUACAAAUGCUUAACUAUUUGCAAUGUAUUCAUCAACAUAACCUUGUCUGGAAAGUCAAGGUUUAUUUUUGCAUGAGACUGGCCGACAGCAAAUAAUCAAAUAUUGCAGUGUUUGGAAAUGAUAUAACCCUUGACCAUAGCACUGUUGGAAUUUGUUUCCUUCUGUUUUAAAGGAGGCAUUUUGAAUAGUACAAAAAAUUUGAAAGAACUUCUUUUGGUGGACCACCAGAGAUUUUUUAUUUUGAUAGUGGUAUUUAAAAGGACUUUAUAUUUGUAACAUUGAUUAACCAAUUUUUUUUUUUCAGUUUAUAUCAGUACUUUGUACAUAGUGGGCAUUUAACAAAAUUUAUUGACAGUAAAACAAAAGCUGACAAAUGCAUGUGUAUAAACUUUCUUUCAUGUCUUUCUUAUUGUAAAUAAACACUUGACCAGUUUUAUCAUCUUG